GAGCAGCGAGCAGCGCCAAUUCUCCACCCUGAAGCCUGCACCAUGCACGGGGGCAAGAGAGGACUGGUGGCCCCGCAAAAUACCUUUCUGGAGAAUAUCGUCCGACGCUCCAGUGAAACCAGUUUUUUGCUGGGAAACGCGCAGAUCGUGGAGUGGCCUGUGGUGUAUAGCAAUGAUGGUUUCUGCAAGCUGUCAGGCUAUCACAGAGCUGAGGUCAUGCACAGGAGCAGCACGUGCAACUUCAUGUACGGCGACUUGACGGACAAGACCACCAUGGACAACAUUCGACAAACCUUCGACAACUACGAGUCCAACUUCUAUGAAGUCCUCCUCUACACGAAAAACAGAACGCCAAUCUGGCUAUACAUGCAAGUGGCGCCCAUCCGCAACGAGAACAACAAAGUGGUGCUUUUCUUAUGCACCUUCCGAGACAUCACCCUAUUCAAGCAGCCUAUUGAAGAUGAAGCCACGCGAGGCUGGACAAAAUUCGCCAGGCUAACGCGAGCGCUAACCAACAAUCGCAACCUGGUCCAGCAGAUGGCGCCGCUAAGCAAGACGGAGGUCACCCACAAACCGUCCAGAUUGGCAGAGGCCCUCCAGCUGGGCUCGGAUAUCCUCCCCCAGUACAAGCAGGAAGCCCCCAAAACCCCGCCCCACAUCAUCCUGCACUACUGCACCUUCAAGACCACGUGGGAUUGGGUGAUCCUCAUCCUCACCUUUUACACGGCCAUCAUGGUGCCCUACAACGUCUCCUUCCGCACGCGGCAGAACAACCUGGUUUGGUUGGUACUGGACAGCAUCGUGGACGUCAUCUUCCUGGUGGACAUCGUACUCAACUUCCACACCACCUUCGUGGGACCUGCCGGCGAGGUCAUAUCGGAUGCCAGGCUCAUCCGCAUGAACUACGUUAAGACCUGGUUCGUCAUCGACCUGCUGUCGUGUCUGCCUUACGACAUCAUCAAUGCCUUUGAGCAUUUCGACGAGGACUUCAUGACACCUUCUUCCCCUGCGGGUCAUAUUCGCGACACGUCCAACUUCCAUAGGAACGGCACCAGAACAGAGGACUCAGUACUUCCAGGUCUCAGCAGCCUCUUCAGCUCACUGAAAGUCAUCCGUCUCCUACGUUUGGGCCGAGUGGCCCGCAAACUGGACCACUACUUGGAGUACGGCGCCGCCGUGCUGGUCUUGCUGGUGUGCGUCUUCGGGCUGGUGGCCCACUGGCUGGCGUGCAUCUGGUACAGCAUCGGCGACCACGAGGUCAUCGACGAGACCACCAACAGCAUCAAGACCGACAGCUGGCUCUACCAGCUGGCGCUCAGCAUCGGGACGCCGUACCGCUACAACGCUAGCGGCACGGGGCAGUGGGAGGGCGGCCCCAAUAAGGACACGCUCUACAUUUCCUCGCUGUACUUCACCAUGACUAGCCUGACCACCAUCGGAUUUGGCAACAUCGCGCCCACCACGGAUGGGGAGAAGAUCUUCUCCGUGGCCAUGAUGAUGGUGGGAUCGUUGCUGUACGCCACCAUCUUCGGAAACGUGACCACCAUCUUCCAGCAGAUGUACACCAACACCAACCGCUACCACGAGAUGCUGAACAAUGUCCGCGACUUUCUGAAGCUUUACCAGGUCCCUAAAGGUCUCAGCGAACGUGUCAUGGACUUCAUCGUCUCCACUUGGGCCAUGUCGAAGGGCAUAGACACAGAUAAGGUUUUGUCGAUCUGCCCCAAAGACAUGCGGGCGGACAUCUGCGUCCACCUGAACCGUCAGGUGUUCAACGACCACCCAGCCUUUCGCUUGGCUAGCGACGGCUGCCUGCGUUCGCUAGCCGUGGAAUUCCAGACCACCCACUGCGCGCCCGGCGACCUCAUCUUCCACAUCGGCGAGAGCGUCGACACGCUCUGCUUCGUCGUUUCCGGCUCUCUCGAAGUCAUCCAGGACGACGAAGUCAUCGCCAUAUUGGGCAAAGGCGACGUUUUCGGUGAUGUCUUCUGGAAAGAGAGCACCAUGGCGCGAGCCUGCGCUAACGUGCGAGCGCUUACCUACUGCGACCUGCACGUGAUCCGGCGGGAUCCACUGAUGCGGGUUCUAGAGUUCUACACGGCUUUCGCGCACUCCUUCUCGCGCAACCUUAUCCUCACUUGCAACCUACGCAAACGGGUAAUCUUUCGAAAGAUCGCUGACGUGAAGCGAGAGCAAGAGCGUCAACGGACCGAGGUGGCGCUAUCCAUUCCAGACGACCAUCCAGUCCGGAAGCUUUUCCAGAGAUUCCGGCAGCAAAGGGACGGCCAGACAGCGGGAGAGUAUCUCGACGGCAACUGCGUGCAGGAAGAGUCGCCGCACGCCAACGCGACUCAUGGCCAAGCGGAGAAGUCGGAGCAAAACUGCACCGCGGAUGUCGUCGCUUCCCAACCGACGGCUUGCGUAGAGAAGCCGCCAAGACUAGGGGUCAACAGAGAGGGAGCCGGGAGCGUGGCUGCCCGAAGAGGAGGGGCUAGAGGUUGGGCAAAGUUUAAAAACGCUACCUCGACCGCACCUCCGACCGAGCAAGAAAAGCCACCAGAGAAGGCGGAGCCUCGGACAAAAGGAUCUCUGUCGUCCGAGCAGAUAGCGACUGACAAGAAUCAGAAGGACCAAGGGGAGGUUGGGAAUGCAGGAGAAGCAACCGCUCUGCAUAAAACAGACUCCUGCGACAGCGGCAUCACUAAAAGUGACUUGCGCAUUGACAGGGUCGGAGACUCCAGGAGCUCCUUCGAACGCAGCCCCAUGGAACGAAGCCCCAUGGAGCGGAACCCCUUCGGCCAGGAGCGGGACCUGCUGCAAGCGUCGCUUUACGACGCCAAGGUGGAGCUGACAGCUGAUAUUCGGGCGCUCGGCAGCCGGCUUGCUGUUCUCGAGGCUCAAGUGGGCGAGAUUCUCCGGUUGCUAACUGUCAAAAGAAGACUCUCACUGCCUCCCACGUCUUCACCGAGGCCCAGGUUCAAAAGUCAAGAUGCUGUCGCCGCUUCAGUUAGACCCAGAAAAGACGACGGGCCCUUUUGAAAUGGAACUGGAGACAAACACUAGUUAGCUAGUAGCUAGCUUGCCUGCCAAAGAAAUGUUCAAAAACACUGCAUGAAAAAAAGACGACACUACAACUUUACCACCUUUGACUCAACUCAUUGGCUGCUAUUGACGGUGAUUGAUGAACAAAAAAAACAAACAAACCAUUUUUACACCUACCACAGAGUAACUUUGUCAUAUUACCAUUUACGAUGCUAAAACUCAGGAAGCAUAUCAAAACACUCUACAGUUAUAACGGCUUUAAAGUCAUGUCACAAAUUGACAUUGCCUGCCAUUGCAGAUGGAAACUGACUAGCUAGCUGACUAGCAGUGUUGUUUUCCUCAACGAUGACUAUAACGAAAAUAUUUCGUCAACGAACAACUUUUUUUCAUUACGAUGACGAGACGAUAACGAGCUAAAAACAUGUUUUGGGAGACUAAAACCUAACGAGGUGAAUGCUAGUUUUUCUCUGAAGAGACGAGAACGAAACGAAAAUGCGCAAUAUUUUCCGUCACAUAUUCACAACGGGUGACAUUUUAUGUGUAGUUCGCCUGUAUCAUAGUAGUGUCUGGUUGUGUUACUCAUGUGAUGUGCUGCUGCCCUUCAGUCUCCAGGCUUGCGCACACGGUAAGAUUUGUUUUCUUAUCUUGGCCAGAGAGAAUAUGCAAUGUUGCUUUAGCCUUAAAAGGUCUGUGCUGACUGAUCAUCACACUAAAUGAUGCAUACUGUAGCAUAGCAUUCACAUUCGCGUUAGACUAAUGCUAACGGCUACCUUUUUUUUUUCUUACAUACACUUAGUGGCGUCCAGGUGGGCAUAAUAAAUUGAAAUUAAUGCCGUUGGCGUUGUCCUUGUAGAUGUUACAAUAUCUGUCAAUAUUCAUUUGAAAUAGUUGGAAACUAUUUUGGGAGUUAAUUUUCUUGAUUUUACAGACAUUUUCAGUAAUAGUCGACUAAAACUAGAUGACUUUUCAUCAUUAAAACGAGACGAAGACACAGUUUGAAAUGACUAAAAUAUGACUAAGACUACCGUAAUUUUUGGACUAUAAACCGCUACUUUUUUCCUUCAUUUUGGGCUUAUUUCUGGAUUUAUUUGGGUAAAUAGGCAACACAUGCCUCCUUGUAUGUAUUGCAGUGCUACAGAUGUAAAAAACAAUCAAAAUUCAUGUU